AUGGCCGCCGUCACCUUCGCAGUUUUACUGGGUGCUGUAUCCGCGUCUGUGCGUAGUGACUUGGAGCAUCUGGGGUCGUGCGUUGUCACUGAUGCGCUUGUGGUUGCACAGUGCAAGGCCUUGUUGCAGGGUCUCAAUUCCAACACAAAGGGCCUUCGUGAAGCCUGCCAGACUGCAGAUAUCCGUGGAAAACGAAAUGGAAUGCGUUUGAACCAGGAGGAACUCCGGGAACUCGUCAAGACAAAGCUUUUGAAUUUGUUGCCACCCGUGAAGUUUCAAGCGUUGCUCCAAUAUGCAUCGUUGGAGACGCACGUUGAGCUUCGUUCCUUUGGUGACGUUUUUGUGGCAGCGCAGGAAGCUGGAAGGAUCAAAGAACUCUUGCUUGUUUUGGGGCCUGGUGAGACCAGCCAAUCAAGAUGCAGGGCUGUUUUCCGUGAUUGGGGCGUGGCGCGGCGCGUUGCCGGUAGAGGUACCGAGCGCUCGGUCGAUGCAGCAAAGUCAGAACUGAUGGGUGUAUGUAUACGUUUUUUGAAAGAAUGCGAACACACUCCCGAUGGGCGUGCUGCAUCCUUGUCUGGGCCACCCGACCGGGGGCCAACCAGUCUCGCGGAGGCCGUGGCGUUGCUGCAGUGCAAUCGUGCUGUGCCUCUCAAGCGCGCAGUGGGCAAGAGACAGGCUUUGUCUGUGGCGCCUGUCGAGCUCAGCCAAUUGUUGGAAGGGUUGCACAGUGGGACAGUGACGAAGAAAGAGCAGGUUCCUUCUAUGUUAGUGGCCGGUUGCAAGGCACACAGGAAGCAUGCUGGUCGGGUUGUCCGCCCGGAGCCGGAGUUUGCCACGCGAGAGGCACACCGAGGAGCUGUGGAGCGUUUCCGAAGCCAUUUGCAGCUUGAUCCGCAAUGUUGGAGUGCCUGUGCAGUGGUGAACAUGCGGACUCCCCAGAGUCUGGAUGCCUUUGUGUGCACUUUGAAGGAUCCCUUACACAGAACAGCCACGCCCUUUGCGAAAGACUUUCGCGAUGUGCACAUCCCGUCCAACUGGGAUGGACAGCACGUGCUUCGACGCAUGGCAGCCAUGGAGUUGCAGAAUGCAUCUGCGGUUGCGCGGCGAGAGGCAUUGCCACUUUUGGAUGGACCUUUGGUGGCGGAGAUCAUGGCGCUGCGAGGUGACGUAGAUGGCCGCAAACCAGUGGAGAGUUUUGAUUUGUUGGUCGCAGCUUUGAAAGAUGCGCAAUGCAGCAUGCCUGACCAACCGGCCUGGUUUCAGAGUGCCUGGGGUGUGAAAGAGCCGGAGCAACUACAUGCCCUUGCGCAAGACUUUGAUACAUUUCUGACGAAGCAUGACCUUCGGGAUCUGUGGACGGAGGCAUCUUUGGGUACUGCUAUGGUGUGGGUGGGCUGGUUUGGCAUAUUGCAGCAUCGGGAUCAAAGAAAGGCAAAGGUAGAGGAAUGGGUCUCGGAAAGCCGUGGUCUGUUCAAAAGUCCGCCUGCCCAGUAUGUAUUGUCAACUCGAAUGGAUACCUAUGCUUUCCCACCGUUUUUCAAAACCGAUGCAGAGUCCAUGUAUGGUGUGGCAGGUGGAGCAGAGUUGCCAAAAGGGUUGUUGCCUAUUUUGACAGCUCCUCGAGUGUGUGAACUGUGUGGAGAUGGAUUUGUGAAUUGGACAGAUCUGUCUGCGCAUGUGGACCAGGCGCAUGUGAACUGGGCAGAGUACCGUAAGCGCGUCUUUUGGCAUGCGCAGCAUGAGGAAGCUGCUCCUUGUCAUGGUUUGCCCAUGUCUUGGGCCCGCAAAAGACGCAUCCUUGGAAACGCAACCGCCCAACUGGUCAGCGUAGCCAGCCAACCGUUAGGGGAUGAGUCUGUUUCAGCAGCAGUGAGAACUGCAGAGCCUCGAGCCCCCGAGCGCGAACCUCGUGCCAUGGUGGGAUGCGCUGUGUGCGCAACGAAGGAAUGGACCGAGCGGAUGCGCCGGUGCGACAUGUUUCGCACUUUGCCUGUGGGGAAAGAGGUGCGGGAGGAGAUGGACGAGGAGGAAGCAGCUGAGGCUCAAGCUGGUUCGGCAGAUGAGCAGGCGGGUCGUCGGCGGAGCAACUUGCUUCGAGAUAAGCGCGGUCUGUAUUAUUUUGGACCAGCCGAAGAAAUUCAACAGCUUUUGGGAGUGGACAAAUACGCAGAGCGGUGGCCGAAGAUUCCAGUUGCCGAACUACACGCAAGUUCGGUGCAACAUCCGGAUCGCCCUGGCUACCGGUGGCUGUUGCACACACGCAGGGUACCUUUGCGGAAAAAGGCAGAGUCUGCGGUUGCGCGCGCAGAGGCUAGCGUCGCGGAUGCGCACGCGGAAGGUGAAGCUGCGGUUGCGCGCGAGGCUGGUUCCCGGGAUACAGCUGUGGAAGGGCAUCCGCCUUGCGCUGGCAUCGGGGACAGUAACGGCACGGUGUUCCUUUGUCGGUGGUGUUGUCACAGCUUGUGUCACCGGAAACCCACGCUUCCCAAGCGAGCGCUUGCCAAUGACCUGUGGGGAGGCCGCGAGCAUCCGCUUUACCAGAAGCUUCGGGACUUGCCGGCUGCACGGAUGCUUCUUGGACAAGCUCGGGUACUUUACAGGAAGGUGGUGUUGAACCACAAGCAUGGAAGAGAUGCGUGUGAGUUGCAACAUGGCUUGCAAGGCAAUACCACUUUCAUAGCGCAGCCGCGAACUUCAGCCGUGGGGAAGUCCUUGCCGCCUUGCAUGGAGGACGUGGGUCAACACUUGCAGGUUAUUUUUUCUGUAUCCCGCACCGACGUAGCCAGAGCGAAACCACUGUUGGUGCCACGUUCCCUUUACCUCGAAUGCGCUCUUCUUCGACAACAGCUUUGUCCGUUGUUUCAUGAGGUGGAAAUCGAUGUAGCACGAGCACAGGUUGACCUGAAGGAGGAUGAGGCGCCCCCGGGAAUUGUAUCUGCUGCUGUGCGCAUGGAGGAAGCCAACAUGUUUCGACCGAAUUUGACAGGUCCGGCUAGCUCGCGAGCAGCGGACACGGCAGCGAGGUCGCGGGAAGAUGAAAUUGUAGAAGCUGACUUGUUGGAUGAAGAGCCGGAAAAGUUGGAUGCAGAGGCAGAGGGUGAAGAGUCCUGUGCGGCUGCGCAAGGAGAAGCGGGGAAAGCUCCGGUGGAAGAAGCAGAGAACCUCAUUGGACUUGAUGAGGCCGCGGACAACGAUCCUCUGCAGCAUUACGUCGUCCUACAGGAGCAAAUUCGACGUAUACAGGAGGACCAAGCUCGCAUUCAGAGGAAGGAAGAGAAGGCAGAGGCCGCACAAGGUGAUGCUCAAGUGGUUGCUGGCAUGGAACUGACUGCGGCUCGAGAAGCCUGUCGAGGACACGCUUUAGAACUGCGGGAAGUGUGUCGUAGAUUGGCCGACAGACAUGAACAGAGCAUUGAAGCGGAACUGCAACUUCUGGAAGGACCGCGGACGCCGGAUGCCAAUGUGUUGGAAGUGCGAGCGGGACAGCUCCUGUCCAUGUUCCUUCCCGAGUCUUGGUGUUUGGCUUUCACGGAAUUUUUCUUCGGAGAUUGCUUACCUUUUGAUCAAUGCAGACCUGUGCGGAUUGCGCCAAGAGCGCUCAUGGCAUGUCUUUUGAAAAGAGAAGAGUUGGAAUAUCACCUUGCAACAGACGCCGUUCCAUAUGCGGCGCGGCCAACGUCCAGGUGGGACAACGCGGAGGUGACAGCCAUGUUUGCGGAUACCGUGCGACGUCAAAGCUUGCUUCUCGCUACAAAAAUGACGUUUCUCAGUCACAAGUCUUUUCAGUUAGACCUGCAAGCAAUCGCAAAGGCAAAGGCCGAGGAUUUCCAGGCUCUGCAACGAUAUUCCACGCUGGGUCAGGCUUAUGCGAGUGCUGGCAACAGGGAUGGACCAGCCAUGAAAGCGCUGAAGCAUCUGCUGACCAGCACUGCUGUAGUCCCAUUGACAGAAGGGAACAAAAUGAAACUACGCCAUUUCGGACAUGCGAUGGACAUGACCUUCGGCCCGCUCAAAUUAUUUUUGACAUGUAAUUUCGCUGAUACCUACAUGCCUUUGACCAUGACAGUGUUCGACCCAAGCAAUAUGGAAAGACUGUGCGAGACUCAGUGGGAUCUCUUGGCAGAACGACCUCUUUUGCCUGCUUUACAGCACAUGCAUCGGGUCGUGGCCAGAUCGCCAGUGUUAAAUUUCUUGUGCACUUGCGAUUUGGAGCAAAGAAGUGUUAUGAUGUUGGUUUGCAGUGACAAAUGA